CUUGUCGAUCCACUUGCAGUGUCCGGCGUAAGCCUGUUUGCUAUUAACAAAAUAUACCCCUCUCUCUCUCUCCAACUCCAACAAAUCCUCCCUUUUCCAUCUUAUCGUAUAUAUUCAAAACCAUGAUCUUCAUCCCAUGCCCUCAUUUUUCGCCCUCUUAAACUACCCCCCAUCAGAUGCCUUCCUCUUUGCAGCUCCACCGCACCACCACCGCCGUUGGCACCUGCCACCACCAAAAACAACAACCUCCACCCCCUACCACUCUCACGACCUUUUUCCCUCUUCCUACCGGCGUCUCCUUUCCCGACAUGGUCUCCGCCUACCACUUCCACACCUUGGGUCCUAAUCAGUGUUGCUCCGCUGUGGUUCAAACCAUCAACGCCCCUGUCGAAACCGUCUGGUCGGUGGUUCGCCGUUUCGAUAACCCUCAAGCUUACAAACACUUCCUCAAAAGCUGUCAUGUCAUCGUCGGUGACGGUAACGUAGGCAGCCUCCGUGAAGUCCACGUCAUAUCGGGUCUCCCCGCCGCUUUCAGCACCGAGAGGCUUGAAAUCCUCGACGACGAACAUCACGUGCUUAGCUUUAGCGUCGUCGGAGGUGUUCAUCGGUUGAAUAAUUACAAGUCUGUCACGACUCUACACGCUUCAAACAAAGGUAACGGGACAGUUGUCGUGGAAUCAUUCGUGGUUGACAUACCGCCCGGCAACACCAGAGAAGAUACAUGCACUUUCGUUGAUACUAUUGUACGUUGCAACCUUCAAUCUUUGGCUCAAAUGGCCGAAAAUAUGGCAACAAAAGAAUCAUUGUCAUCAUCCCCCUAAACUAUUCCAAAGAAAAAGAAAAUCGAAUUCUCUCAAUUCUAUUUUUUUCUCGAUGUGGGAUCUAUCCAUUAAUGACUUCGUAUCGAGAUUCAUAGAUGAAGUUGAAUGUGAUCAUAUGUUACAAUAUUGGUAUCGAUGAUGUAAUGUUUAGCUUUUUUCUUCCCAUCUGGUGAAGAUUUCGCUUUGAUGAUCACACUCAAUUUUAAUGUAAUUAUGAAUGUAUUUCCUUCUUUGUUGCAUCAAAUAUAUGUGAUUUCCACUUAAA